GAAGUGCUCAGUUGACUGGUUGAGUCCAACAUGGCGCAGGAGUAUCAGUACUUUUACGAGGAUGAGGUCUACAGAUUCAACAAGAAGGGCAACCUGGAGCUUGGUAUGGUGCUGGAGAACGCUGAGUUUGUCUCUAGUGAUGAGGAGAGUGACGUAGAUGAGGAAUAUAAGGUGACCAAGGGUAGCAUCAGGGUAGCCUGGUACCCCAAGGGUGAGGAGCAGGUCCUGCCUGAGAGGAAGGUAGGACUGGCAGAUCGCUCACUAAUGCCUGGUGAUGUUGUACGUCGUUUGAUUCGGGGAAAGGACACACAGCGAGGUUAUUGCCGCCAAGUUCAUGUGACUUCCAGUGUGCAAGUUGUGGGAACAAAGCAUGUAAUAUUAAAUGUUGAUAGUAAUGACCUCACUCCCCUUGAGGAGUUUACAACUGAUAUUGCUGUAGCUUUAGACUCCUGGGUGGGAAUGGUGCACAUGGUGAAGUGCCGACUGGUGAUGGUGUGCGCUGAUGGCUCCAGAUGCAUCAUGUCUGAUGGUGAAGCUUUGGAACUGGAUGAUAUGCGGGAUACACGAGACAGGGUUAGAUUGGAUUCAGAGUUUCGGAGAUAUGACUUCUACCCUGGCCAGCAAUUAGUGGGAUGUUCAAGGGCAUUUGAAGAUGUGGAAUGGAUCCACCGCACACGAGAGAUGGAAGUUGCUCUGUCUAAGCCUCACAAAUCAAUAAAAGUCACUGUUGAGCAAGUUCAGGUAGUGCAGCUUGGAGUGCGAUGGCAGUGUCGUGCAUUUUCCAAUGACCCAAAUAUAGACAAGGAACAGCCUAAAUAUCUUGUUCAGGGAGAGGAUUUGAAAAGAGUGAAAAUGCUGAAUGUGUUUGAACCCUGCACGCUUCAGCUAGGUGAUCGUAAUUAUUAUUCCUCAAAAGAAGGAGACAUAAUCAUGACUAGGGAUCAAUGGAGGAAGCUCAUGGCAGCACAGCUAUCAGCAGAUCACACUAAUCCCUGCCCUCUUCGGCCCCGACCUGCAAAGAAUAAGUCUAUGCCAGCGCUUGAGGACAUUCAAGGUGCUGAAGGAGGUGUGCUCUUAGAAAACAACAAAGAAGAUUCUGGUGAGAGUGAUGGGUAUAUUGAUCUUGAUACUGAUGAUUGUUCUGAUACGGCAUCCAUCAGCAGUGGGGCAUCUACUGGAUCUCUAGGGAAGCGGAACAAAAAGGGUCCAGCACUAAUGACUAAAAUGAUGAAGAAUCGUAAAUUAAAGAGGGCAAAACGAAAAUCCACUAGUGAAGGAGCUACAAUCAAGCCUGGGGAUCAGUUGGUAGUUGAAACACUGAUGACCACAUCCAAGGCUGAUGUUGUUUGGCAGGUAAGUGGGAACUUGGAGAAAGAAAUCUAUUCGAUUUCUACUGUGCUGUUGUACCCAAUCCACCACUUAGAUGAUCAAUUUUUUCCUGGUGUGGACUUUGUAGUGGAACAAAAAGGAACUCCAUAGAUCUCAUGGCAGUUAUGGAGUUGUGUCAGGAAAGUGGAUCAUGGUUAUGGAAGGUGUCUAUUGUUAAGUGGGUUUAGAACUUAUACUGCUGGAAGUGUAACCCAACCUCUUUUUCUUUGUGUGCAAGAAAUGAGUGUGUACGACAUGGAGGAUCACCCAGACAUUCGUUACCGCCAAGGUCAGUGUCAUAAGAGUAGCUAAUUUGAAAAUGAUAAGACUAGCUUCACUGGGCAGGUACUGGACAUCUUUCCAUCUGGAGACAGUAGUGUUUGGUGGGUAGAUGGACGGAAAUCAGUGUGUUAUCCACAAGAUCUUUAUAAGGUUGGAGAAUACGACUCAGAUGAAGGAGAAUUGUGGGAUGACACUGCCUCUGAUGAAUCCUGGGAAACUGAAAGUGAACAUUCAGUUAUUGCUGAAGAAAGUGAAAGUGAAAGUGAAGGAUUACUUAAGACAAGAUUGGUGGCAAAUAUUGAAAAGGCGCGUAUAGCUAUGAGUCGCCUUUGAAGAAAUUUUACUCAGAAAAACCCAGCUUUCUUCAUGAACUUACAGCUGUCAUGAAGCACUAUGGACUGCUACAAAGAGUGCAGAUACAUGGACAAGUUGAUGGGAACUAGCUUCUUCCAUGAAAGCAAUUUCCAGGGCCUAAUAGAGAAAGUUCGUGAGCGUGGAAAGGCAUCAACUACCCAGAGAAUGACAGAACAGAUCAACCGUUUAUUUUCAACAUCAGACACCGAAGCUGGUCCACUCAGUUCCCCAGUAAACUGUGAAGAGGUCAAACCUGAUUCAGGAAAAUAUGACUGUUCAAAACAUGAUUUAGCAAAAUCUAAUAAAGGAAAUCCCAGCAACAAAGAUGCCAAGAAUAGUAAGGAGUGUGGGGACUCGUGUAAUGCAGACAGUGAUAUCAUGUCAUCAAAAAAUGCUAUACUUAGCAGUUCUGCAACUUUGUCGGAAAAUUUGGCAAAUCUCAGCUUGUCUCAAAGCAAAGCCAACAAAUCUGAAAAGUUACUGGAUGGAGGACGAAGUAGGGGAGGAGAACUACGCCACAAGAGGAUGAGUGAAACUGAUAUGACGCUCCAUGAGAAGACAUAUUCGGACUCACGUUUAAAGGAUUCAAAAAGUUGCAAUGAUCUUAAGGUAUCAUCUGAGACUUUGAGUGGUGUUACAGAAGAAAUUCGCACAUCACAUAUGUGCGCUCAGCUAUGCUCUCUCAUGAAGGCUCAACUACUGAAGACUUACGAGGAAGUUGUCUUUCGUUUUGGUGGACAUUUUGACAUGAGUCUUAUGCAGGCAUGCCAGGACACUGAGGGUGCUCAUGGAGAGAACAAGGAGAACUUGCAGAGUGAAAAUAAAGAAAACAUUCCAAUUUUCAUAGCCGAAGAUCUUGUUAAUAAAAACACACCUGCACCUCUGACACAGGGGACUCAACAGUUAAUGAGGCCAGCGGCAGAAGCAUUGGUAGCUAAGAAUCAGGAGAAACACGAUAUUAAAGAGGAGAAAAUGAAUGUUGAAAAUGAAGUUGAGGAUGGUACAGAACUUUCUCCAUGUGUUUCCCCAGCUAUGACUUCACCAACAACUAAUGGCAGUAUAGCAACUAGUAAUGAAAAUGAUAGUGAUGUCACAAGCAAAAACAUGUCAGUAAAAGAUUCAACAAAUGAUGAGCUUAUUGAUGCUAUUGUUGCUAGUGCUGUUGCAGCAGUCAAUGGAGAGAUGACCAGCGCUGCCGCUAGAACCUGUGUUCCUGAAAUAGCAGUUAGUCCAACAGAAGGUUGUGGACAAGCCCUUGGGAACUGUCUUCCAAGCUCUGAGCCAGACGGGUUUCUGGUGUUAGAAGCUGCUCCUGAUAGCCAUAAAUUUAAGCUGACAAUGUUUCAGCCAACUGAUCCACCACACUUCUACAGAACUGUUCGCAAAGAGAUGAAAUUGUUAACAACUUCCCUUCCACCAGGCAUCUGGGUUAGAGGUUAUGAAGACAGAAUGGAUCUCUACUCUGUUAUGAUUCGAGGACCAGAGCGAACGCCAUAUGAAGAUGGUCUCUUCUUUUUUGACUUUCAACUAUCAGCUGACUACCCCCGUGCACCCCCACUCUGUCAUUAUGUUACUUAUUGUUCUGACAAGCUCAACCCGAACCUCUAUGAAGAUGGAAAGGUCUGUGUAUCACUCCUUGGUACAUGGAGUGGCAAAGGCACAGAGGUAUGGACCAGCCAGAGUAAUCUUCUUCAAGUCAUCAUCUCAAUACAGGGUUUGAUCUUAGUGAGUGAGCCAUACUUCAAUGAAGCUGGGUAUGAGCGUCAGAAAGGUACACAGCAGGGACGGGAGAACUCUCGCAUGUACAAUGAAAUGGUAGUUCUUAAACUAAUUCAGGCUAUGGCAAAAGUGAUCCAGGCACCACCUGAUAUCUUUAAAAGUGAAAUCAUUCACCAUUUUCAUGUAAAAGCUUUUCGACAAGUGCAGAGGCUAGAGUGCUGGCUGGAGAUAUCAGAAAAUUACAAUAUUUCUCAUCCACUUUCACCAACAACACCAACCACCUUCAGGGAGAUACAUAAAACAGAUACCAAAGUGGAGUUGCCAGAAUUUCCAUUGAUCCCUGCUUCUAAAGGUUUUUGUAUCACCUUACGCAAAACCCUCCAGCAGUUUAAGGCUAUUCUGGAGUCUGUGGGAGUGUCAACAGAUCAUCAAGCUCCUCCUGGUUUUAGCAUAGCAGAUAUCAAGAUUCCCACAACUUCCAUGACUACAGGAAAUAUUGAAACUAGAGCCACUAAAGUUCCAUCUGUCGAGACAGAAGAAGGAAACAUUGUUGAUGGUAACUCGUAGCUAUUGUCCAAUUCUAGCCCAUUUAUCCCAGUUAUUAAUGUUAAUAUUCAGUGCCUGUGCGGGUUGUGGUGUUCGUUAAGUUUUGCAAGUUGUGGACAUUGUCAAAUUCCGGUCCUCUACAAUAAUAAGUUAGGUAUUUUUCCUUUUUGUAAUGAAUCUAAAAGGAGAUGAUAUAUUGCCAUCCCAACAAUGACUUUGUUAUCCCAAAGAAUAUCUUUAACUAGUACUAAAACGUUUGUUUUAUGUACACCGCUCUCUUGACAAACUUUUGUAAUUAUUAUAUUUUUUAUUUUAUGAAUUUUUUGUGUAGUUCAUGAGUACUGUAUUAUCAUGUAUCAUUGUUAAUAUUUAUUACUAGUUGACUUGUAUAUAUUUUUCUUAUAAUUUCAGAAUUUCACCCUUUCACAUUAUACAUUACAGUAGUGUAUCAUUUUAUGUAGUAUCCCAGUACCUAAGGUUGCUACAAGGUAAUUACUCUAUUAGAACAUAAAUUAAAAAGAGAUCAUUUGUAAAAUUUUAUUAAAUAAAUACAAAAUGAAUAUUUUCAAAGCCUUCAGUUCUUGCAUGAAUUAAAGGUCUACCCCUGUCUUUGAACUGUCUGUUAAUCAAAGCUAAUAUUGUCAUAUUUUGAAGGUUAAUUAUUUAAAUGCUUGAACAGAUUGAAAUAAGUAUGUUAUACAGUAAAUUACUUUAUGCUGUAGUAUCAGUGUGCUAUACAAAACAGUACAUUCUUUGUUUAUGGUAAACACACAAAAAAAAAAGCCAUUCAUGACCGUAGUAGUUUUAGCAUAUUGCAAUCUACAGAAAAACUGGGAUAUUUCAAAGACUUUCUAGAUAAGUACAGCACAGUAUUUUAUGUUUAAAUAUAAUUAUUUUGUGUAUUUCCACAAAUAAUAUACAUUACCUUGUAAACCAGCUCUUUGAUGUCCUCUGAAGGAUUUGCUUCAAAGUGCCUCACUUAUUUUUUUUAUAGCAUCUUGAUCAGCAAAAGUAAUUAAUCAGUUUUAUUAUCAUGAAGGAUCUCGCAUUUUUUAUAUUUUCAUGAUAUUCGUUGUGGUUACUGAAUAUUUUUCACUUAAUGUUGGCAGUUAUAGAUGAUCAAGAUGCACGUUUCUAAAGGUAAUAUUUUAUCUCACCAUCAGCAAUAGUUAUCAGGAAGUUUAUUACAUUUGAAUAGUUUUUAAAUGUUUCUUUACUGCUCUAUUCCUGUAUAACGGUUUCUUCCCCUCGCUUUAUGCAAUAGAUGUGUUGCUGACCUGUGGCACAAAGUGGAUUGAUAUAGAGCAUAUGCAGUAUAACAUGUAAAAAGUCAGGAUUUGUUCUGAGACUGUAUAUUCCACAUUUCUUGACUAAUGUUCUCAAAGAAAGAAAAAAAAAAAGCCUAAAUGGUCAUAUACAAAAAAUUAAAUAAAUUUGGCUCUUCCCCCAGAAAACUUGGUAAAACUAUAACCCAAAAUGCAGUCAUAAUACACAUAUAAUAAUAUGUACUCUUCACUACAAAAGCAGGGAAAAAUUCACAUUACUUACUUUUACCAAAAAAAAUUUUUUAGUAUACCUGAUAGACACCAAAUGGCCAUGUACCAAAAAUAAAUACAAUUAAUCAGAAAAUAAAUUAGAAAAAUGUAAAAUUCAAAAUUUCGGUCAUAAUCCUCCUCCUCUUUUACAUUCCCUUAACCACCAACCAGUCAGCCUGUUUUUGUCUGGAUUGAAAUGCACAUGUUAUAGACCUGUGAAUACACAGCUUACUGCUAUUUCCUCCCUCCAUCCCUAACCCUGUGUGUUGGGGCAACCCAUCUUCGUCUAACCUGGUGUACAUUUUGUUUUGAAUUAACGAUAAAUAAUUAAAACCACCCAUACGAUUUUAUUCACUAUAAAUUCUUGUUUGAUUUCUCACACCCAAAUUUACUUUGUUCAUUCUUUGUUGGUAUAAAUCAGUUUAGUGGUAUUUAAAGAGAGAUUAAAAAUCGAGUGGUGUUGGGCUUGGGUGAUCUCAAGAACGAUGGACAUGGCAUGUAGCACAUUACUAGUAGAAUUAGGGUCACCACAUAAACUAAACCGCAUAAAGCUAGGGAAACCGCUGUUGUGUAUGUUGUAAAGAAUCUCAAAGAAAGAUGCACUCAGUUUUAUAAUAUGGAGUGCACUGAAGAUGCUUCUUGAAGCUCAUCUUUAGUGUUAAAAGAUAUAGCUAAAAAUGUCUUUACAGUAAAAAAUUAUAUAAACCAAAUUUUUUUGUUUUCUCUUGUAAGGGUAUUUAUAAUAUUAGUACAUAAUUGAAUAAUAAUUUAGAGCACGUAAUAUUAUAAUGAAUUGGUUGGUAUACCUGCCCUUAACACCAGUCAGAAACUUUUAGUGUUUGUUAAUUAUUGUACAUUACUAAUAUUGUCUUUCGGACAUUUUUCUUUUGCUUAUUUUUUCAGGUGAAUUAUUUCUGCGGUAUUCACAUUAUGUAUGAGUACUUAUUUAUUUCCACCUAAUAGUGGCAGUGUGUGGUUUCCUUACCAUUUUUUUUUUUUCAGGACUGAUUGUUGCAUGUCACAUAGUUCAUAAUAUUCCUUAGGAUGUUAAUGUUUGACAGAGAUUUUGCAUGAUUCCUAAGGUUAGUUAUUGAACUCCAGAUUUAAAUUUAGGUAAAGGAGCACCUAUGCAUCAUUCCGUAUAGUUUAUAUCCAGAACUUUGCAUGUAUCCAUUUACCUAAAUUGAUUGUCGGUAUAUCAUACUCUUGACUAGAUAUUUGUUGUUUAAAACAGCUGCACUGAUACAUUGCACCUCUAUGGUUAUUAGAUGUUCACUGAAGUACAAGGGGAUGAUAGACAAGUGUGAUAGUGUUGGGGAGGAACAUGUUUAAAGAGAGAGAGCGAGCGAGCGAGCAAGCAGUUGUGUUAAAUUUUGUAUUGCUUUUAAGCAUCUUAUAAGUCAUUAUGUCAGAAACUUUGUAACUUUUUAUCUAAACAUAAAUAAUAUUGAAAAGUUUUUUAGAGAUAGAUUUUUUUUUUAUUGCUUGAUAAAGGGUACAAGACAAUCUUGGCUUUAUGGAAUUUCAUAGAGAAUCUCGUUAAAUUAGUAAAAAAAGUAAAAUACCAUACUUAAACUGAUACGUGUAUGAUCAUACAGAAAGAAAAAGAAAACCAUGAAAAAAAAAAAAUGCAAUCUUGAAUGUAACUAUUCUAAAAUGGAUAAUCAUUGACUAAAUUUGUUUCAUUGUAAAUAGGGAAAAAGAAA